AUGGCGGUGAUCGAUGACGCCAAUCCUUUUCUGCUCCAUUCCUUCGAUCAACCGAACCUUGCCUUGGUCACGCAAAUGCUCACCGGUGACAAUUAUCCUUCAUGGAAGAGAUCGAUGGAAAUGGCGCUCAAUGGCAAAAACAAACUUGGAUUCGUUGACGGCACGAUUCUGCCGCCUGAGGAAGGUGCGUCUCACUCUUUCAAGCUCCACUGGCAUCGUCUGAAUGACAUCGUCAGCACCUGGAUUCUCAACUCUGUCUCCAAGGAGAUCGCAUCGAGCUUGAUCUUUGCUGGUUCUGCUCAUGAGAUUUGGAUAGAUCUAGGUCACCGAUUUCAGCAAAAGAACCGUCCUCGAAUCUAUGAACUGCGAAAAGAGUUAAUCAAUCUGAAACAGGAUUCUCUCUCUAUCUCUCAAUUUUUUACUAAGCUGAAGUGUGUGUGGGAGGAAUUAUGCCAUUUUCGACCUUCAGUACACUGUAAUUGUGGUGGUGCUCGUGAAUUUUUAGCUCAUGCUGAUGAGGAAUAUGUUCUUGUCUUCUUGAUGGGGUUGAAUGAUGUGUACCAUCAAGUUCGGAGCCAAAUUCUGUUGAUGAAGCCUUUGCCUAGCAUCUCUGAAGUUUUCUCGCUAAUCGUUCAAGAAGAGCGGCAACGAGGAUUGACUCUUGCUCCUCCAACAAGCAAUGAGACGCAACUGGCUUUUGCCGUGAAGAACACACAGUAUAACUCCAAGAUCCGUCCAGGGAAGAAAGAUAAGCCGCUCUGUGCUCAAUGCGGUUUACUCAGCCACACCAAGGAUAAAUGCUACAAGUUACAUGGUUAUCCACCUAAUUACAAGAAGCAAAGUCCAGCCACAGUUCGGGUCAAUCAUGUGGACACAAGUCAGGACAUUCCUCUUCAGCUCACUUCUCAACAGUAUCAACAAUUAAUAUCACUAUUAUCCACACAAGUUCCAUCCACAAUGCCCCCUAUUAUCACUGCUGAAGCUUCAAGCGCAGGGGAAGGUAAACUUUUCUCUGCUGCUUUAAUUUAUGCACUUGGAGUUAAAUCAUGGAUCUUAGAUUCUGGCGCUACUUGCCAUGUGACCUGUACUUUGGACAAUUUCAAACCUUCAAUUUGGUUUGCAAAUAAGUUUGUGGUUCUCCCUGAUCAUACUCGCGUACCUGUGCUUGCUUCUGGUUCUGUUUCCUUAUCUCAAACCCUCACACUCACUGAAGUUUUGACCACCUGA